AUGGGCAAAAAAGCAAUUGAUUCCAGGGUGCCUGCGCUCAUCCGAAAUGGAGUCCAGGAGAAGCAGCGUAGUUUCUUCUUUAUUGUGGGCGACAAGGCCCGUAAUCAGCUUCCUAACUUGCAUUAUUUGAUGAUGAGCGCCGAUUUGAAGAUGAACAAAUCGGUUCUUUGGGCAUACAAAAAGAAGUUAUUGGGGUUCACAUCACAUAGACAAAAGAGAGAAGCCAAGAUAAAGAAGGAUAUCAAGCGUGGGAUUCGAGAUGUCAACGAACAAGAUCCUUUUGAAGCGUUUAUUUCCAACCAACACAUCAGAUAUGUGUAUUAUAAAGAGACAGACAAAAUCUUGGGUAACACUUAUGGAAUGUGCAUCUUGCAAGAUUUCGAAGCACUCACGCCCAACUUGUUGGCUCGUACCAUCGAAACUGUAGAAGGAGGAGGAUUGGUGGUGAUACUUUUAAAGUCGAUGACAUCUUUGAAGCAGUUGUACACCAUGACUAUGGAUAUUCAUUCCAGGUACCGUACCGAAGCCCACGACGAUGUGGUUGCGCGGUUCAAUGAGAGGUUUUUGCUUUCGUUGGGUUCGUGUGAAACCUGUUUGGUGGUGGAUGAUGAAUUGAAUGUGCUCCCAAUUUCCGGCGGUAAGCAUGUCAAACAAUUACCACACAAAGACGAUGAUGAAUUAACUCCCAAUGCACGAGAACUCAAGGAGCUCAAGGAGAGCUUGGUGGACGUUCAGCCUGCUGGAGCCAUGGUUUCAUUGGCAAAAACCAUCAACCAAGCUCAGGCAAUUCUCACUUUUCUAGAUGUCAUUUCCGAAAAAACUUUGAACUCAACUGUUGCUUUGACAGCUGGAAGAGGUCGAGGAAAGUCUGCCGCAUUGGGCAUUGCCAUUGCUGCUGCCGUUUCUCACGAUUAUUCGAAUAUAUUCGUCACUUCUCCAUCGCCUGAAAACUUGAAGACGCUAUUCGAGUUCAUUUUCAAAGGUUUCGACGCCUUAGGAUACACCGAACAUAUGGACUACGAUAUCAUCCAGUCCACAAAUCCUGCUUUUAACAAAGCAAUUGUCCGGGUGGAUAUCAAGAGAGGACAUCGUCAAACCAUCCAGUAUAUUUCUCCCAACGAUAGCCAUGUUUUGGGCCAAGCAGAGCUCUUGAUUAUCGAUGAAGCAGCAGCUAUCCCAUUACCAGUUGUCAAGAGCUUAAUGGGACCUUAUCUUGUGUUCAUGUCUUCGACUAUCAAUGGUUACGAAGGAACUGGUCGUUCGCUUUCAUUGAAGUUGAUCCAACAAUUGAGAGACCAGUCUACUUCCAAAAACAACAACGAUGAAGUGGCUGUGGUUUCAAGAGAUAACAAGGCUAUUGGUACCACCAGUUACAGCAGAACUCUCAAGGAAGUGGUUCUUGAUGAACCUAUUAGGUACGCUCCCGGUGACCCAGUUGAAAAAUGGUUAAACAAAUUGUUGUGCUUGGACGUAAGCUUGUCGAAGAAUGCCAAAUUUGCUACAAAAGGAUGCCCUCACCCAUCGGAAUGUACUUUGUUCUAUGUUAACAGAGAUACACUCUUCUCUUACCACCCAGUCUCAGAGACAUUUUUGCAGAAAAUGAUGGCAUUAUACGUUGCUUCGCAUUACAAGAAUUCUCCCAAUGACUUGCAAUUGAUGAGUGAUGCUCCAGCACAUCAACUAUUCGUGUUGUUACCACCAAUAGAGGAAGGAGACAACAGAAUUCCCGAUCCUCUUUGUGUGGUGCAAGUAGCACUCGAAGGAGAAAUCUCAAAGGAGAGUGUACGGAGAUCUUUAUCUCGUGGACAGAGAGCUGGAGGUGAUUUGAUUCCAUGGUUGGUUUCUCAGCAGUUUCAAGAUGAAGAUUUUGCGUCUCUUUCUGGUGCAAGAGUGGUUCGUAUUGCUACCAAUCCCGAUUAUUCUGGCAUGGGUUAUGGUUCCAGAGCUUUGCAACUUCUUCAAGAUUACUAUGAAGGCAAGUUCACAGAUAUCAGCGAAAGAGAAAUAAAAGAGCACGAGAUCACCAGAAUCACUGAUGACGAGUUGGCGAAUGCAUCUUUGAAAGAUGAAAUCAAGUUGAGAGAUGCCAAGAGCUUACCACCUUUAUUGUUGAAGCUUUCAGAAAAACCACCAUACCAUUUGCAUUACCUCGGAGUAUCUUACGGACUCACACCGCAAUUACACAAGUUUUGGAAAAGAGCAGGAUUUGUUCCAGUUUACUUACGGCAAACAGCCAAUGAGUUGACAGGCGAACAUACUGCAGUUAUGAUCAAUGUUCUUCCAGAUCGUGAAUCGGGUUGGUUAAAUGAGUUUGCCAAAGAUUUCCAUAAGAGAUUUAUUCAGCUUCUCUCCUAUGAAUUCAGAAAGUUUUCUUGCAUUCAAGCACUAAACAUUCUUGAAGCGGUCGAAGCAGCAGGUGCACUCAAAAACUCCUCUCCAUUGACCAAGGCUCAACUUGAUGAAGUUCUCUCUCCUUUUGAUUUGAAGAGAUUGGAUUCGUACGCCAACAACUUGUUGGACUACCAUGUCAUUAUCGAUAUGCUCCCAUUGCUUGCAUCAGUAUACUUUUCUGGAAAAACCAGCGAUCACCUCAACUUGUCUUCUGUCCAGGGAGCAAUUCUUUUGGCUAUUGGGCUCCAAAGAAAGGAUAUCGAUGCUGUUUCGAAAGAAUUGAACUUGCCUUCAAACCAAUCCAUGGCGAUGUUUGCCAAAAUUGUGCGUAAGUUCUCCACUUACUUUAGAGGAAUUUUGAGCCAGUCGAUUGAAGAGUCUAUGCCAGCUUUGGAAGACGAAGACGUUCAAGAAAUGGAAGGUAAGAAAGAGCAUGUUGACUAUGAAGCUAUCGAACAGCAACUUGAAGAUGAUCUCGAGGAGGCCGGUAAUGACGCUGUCAAUGAAUUAAAGUUGAAGCAACGAGAACUCAUUAAUAAUCUCAACUUGAACAAGUAUGCAAUUGCUGACGACGAAGACUGGGAAGCAGCUGGAAAUGCUGUGACCAAGGCAGCUAAAGGUAAGGGAGUUGUGAGCAUUAAAAACAAGAAAGUUUCAAAGAGAAAGGGAGAGAGUGCUUCGAGCAUUUACGAGCAGGAGAUGAAAGAGUUGAAGAAGCAGAAGAAGAAGUCGAAAAAGUAG